CACAAGCCUAAUUUAUCUAAGGAGGAAAAGUGAAUAUAAAUAUUGUUUAUAAAGCCUCCAGUCCGGGAUAAUAAUUUAUUUCCAAUUCAACAAGAUGAGAAAUUUUAACAAAACACUGCUUGUGAUUGUAUUUGCCGUGAUACUUUUCUGCUUUAUCUCAGUUACCAGUGGAGAUGCACAAAUUCUGAACACAAACGAUGGGGUUGAUCCAACGCUAUCACGACUGCAAAAAGCAAUAUCUUUGAGUUACCAAAACUUUCAAGGUGGAGAGUUCAAUUAUGAUUUGGUGAGAAAUUUUGGAGAUGGGGUGCGACUCUUUUUGAAUGUGGAUGACCCAAUUAACCUCCCCACUAUUGGGGUUUCACCAAACUUUCAAAUUAGAUGCGCCAAUCCCAGAUUAACAGAGCUGUUUGGCCCAACAACUAUAUGGUUAAAGGGUUAAGCACGGCAGUGCAAGGGUGUAUCGUGUCAAAUAUUCUGAAAACCUAGCCUGAUUACUGAAUCUUGCUCGUCCGACCCUACUAAUUUCUGAAUCGCACCCGCCUGAGCUGGCUAAUUUCUUACCUGAUCCGCUCGAACCUCGACUGAGUGCUUGGAGCAGGUUCGCUGUAAUCUGUAUGCGAGUAAAUUGCACGGCUUGUCGGACAUGAUUCACGACUUUAACAUAAAGUUUAUCAACAAUGAAGGGGAUUUUAUCGCAAAUCUAGCCAUCCAAGUGCCCUCGCUUUAUGUCACUGGAGAGUACAUGACGAACUUGACGCUUCUCGCCAAACAUGGGCUAACACCGGAUAUGUAUUUUCUAGGAAAUAGUUCUUACAACUCUACGAUUUCGUUUCUCGAAUUUGGAUUAGAAGUCGAGGGCAGAGCUUCUGCCUUCGAAAAUAUCUUUAUUCGAAGCGUCAAUCUUUCUUUCGACUAUGAAGACUUUGAUACCCAGUUUUCAAACCUCACCUUACAUUCCAUUGCUCGUUUUGCAACUUAUGAAUGGCGUCGCCAAAUUAUUAAAUUCUCUGAAGUUCCUAAAUAUUUCAAGUGGAAUUGGGUGCUCUUUAAUACUACUCUCGAUCUUCCAGCUAAAGCAAAUGAAAUUGGUCGAUGUCUAGUACAAAAUGUUUUCAGCGAAUGCACGCUGAUGGACCUAUUAGGUUCAGCGGAAUGCAUGAAACUUAAUAUUGACGAGGAAUGUUUAAGGACUGACAUUCUCGACGUUUACUUCCCACUCCAACCAGGAUCCAGCAUCAAGGAAAGUGACCAAAGGGUCAGGCGAUCCUCUUCCGAUUCCACUUUUUGCUUCAUUCCACCAACCUUCGGGGUGUCUACUUCAAACUUGAGACCUUUGGUCCAGCAAGUCGCAGCCAACUUUGGCGACCUGUUCUUAUCUGGGGAAGGAAUUUUUGGGCUACGACAGCAGAAUAUUUCUUCUCGUAAAGUACGUAACCUAUCGAAAGGACCGGCGGUUGAUCCUGCACUGAGCUUUCCAGACUCUGAAGUUCAAGUUAUGUGUACAUCGAUACAUGGUUCCGUUUUCGGCGGGUUGUUCAGAACCUGGGGAUCUGAAGUGAGAGGACACCAGAAUGGGAGGGAAAAUAUAAGCACUGAAUUCUUAGAUGAAAACGGCACGUUCGUAGUCAACUAUUCUGUCGAAUUCCCAGUCAUUUACUUGAGUGGGAACUAUGAGUCUGACUUAACCUUGUACACCAGUGCUGACGGUCAAAGGGAUCAAGGCGAGUGGAGUUAUAUUGGAGCGGGUCAAUAUAAUUGGACCAUGGAACCGGUCUGGAUUUUCGUUAAGGUAUUCGGAAGGGCACCAAUGGCUGACAAAAUGUCAGUUUCAAACGUAGAUUUCAGCAUAGGAAUUGAGCGUCCUCAACGGAGGGAAGGUCUAAAAUUUACCGCCUUGCAGAAUUUUUUAAUUUCAUUUAAAGGAAAUUUACCAUCUGGGUCGCGGGUGUGCCAGGGCAAGUAAAGUGUGUCCCAAGGCCUUUUCGCCAUGUGAGCCUCGUCCACUCACACCCCCCACCUGCGUGCCUGGUAACACCCCCUGCCACACCCGUCCCAGCAACGACAAGCUGAGCCAUCAGGCGAAGAUGGAUUCGCCGGACCAGUGCACAGGAGGAUCUACGCUUUGGAGGGACUCCCCAAGUAGGUUUUGUUUUGGUAUAUCGGGGUGGUGACCGUGGGGAGUGGUUGUUUGAAGAGUGGGGGAGGGGGUCGUGCAUGGCGGAGGGCAGCAUAGUCUGGUCUACGGGGGUCCCAUGACCUAGCUGUGUUGAGAUGGGGAAGGGGCAAGUGGGGGGGUCAUCGGCCCCGGCUUCCGUGGGGACGUGGGCAGAUCCCACGGUCCGUGGAUACCCCCCGCCCAACAACCUUCAACUGUCUGCUUCCGCAUGCAGACGCCACCCUCAUUUGGAUAUCACCAGCACCCCACGGAAUCCUCCUAUGUAUCACUGCCAUACAUUUUCCUACCUGGUGUCCAGUUUGGGCCGAAUGGUGUAUUGGGCCACCUUCCCAAUACAUGUAGAGGUUUUCCGAACUAUCGGUUUUCCCUCUACACCCUUGCUACUGCUGCUAUAUACAUAUUAUCAUUAGAUUGUAGCCUAAAAUAUUAUUAUGGUGUGUGAUUAGCCUUAUUGGGAUGCCGUGUGCUACUUGUGGAUCAUGCCCACAACUGAGCACACACUUUACUAAUUCUUAGAUUGUACAUUAUGAGAUGAAACUAUGUAUGUAAGUAGUUUGAAUGAGUUUGUAUAUGUAACGAAUGAAUGAUUAUGAUUGUAAGAGCUUGCGCUAUAUCAAUCUUGAAUAAACCUACCUACCUACCUA